UUGGUCACAUUUGAAAAAUCAGUUUCUGACGCAGAGAGGGAACGUUUGAAUUUUGAGUGUUGUAUACGGACAAGAACAAGGCAACGGUGUCGCAGAAUUGAACUAAAACACCACCAACAUGAAUAGGCAAGCGAAGGGCAAGACCCCCCGCCGCCCUCCUCCGAAAAAGACUUCCAACAACCAGAAGGACCCUGUUGGAGUGUAUUGUCGUGUGCGCCCACUAGGUGCAGAUGAUGAGGAAUGCUGUAUUGAGGUUAUAAGCAAUACCACCAUUCAGUUACAUGCUCCUGAUGGGCUCAAAGCUAAUAGGAAUGGUGAAUUCAAAGAGACACAAUAUUCCUUCAAAAAAGUGUUUGGAAUUAAAACCACACAGAGGGAAUUAUUUGAAGAUGUUGCUAAACCUCUGGUGGAAGACCUUAUUCACUGUAAAAAUGGCCUGUUGUUCACCUACGGUGUCACUGGCAGUGGUAAAACUCAUACAAUGACUGGCUCACCGGGUCAAGGUGGGCUGCUUCCACGUUCACUUGACAUGAUCUUCAACAGCAUUGGCCCCUACCAGGCCAAGAGAUAUGUUUUCAAGCCUGAUGAUAAAAAUGGCAUGGAGGUGCAGAAUCAGGUAGAUGCACUCUUGGACCGACAGAAGCGAGACAGUCAGUCAACUGUACCGAAAACCCCAACUACAAGGCGAAUUGACCCUGAGUUUGCUGACAUGAUCAGCCCAGAGGAUGCUUGUAGAGCAGAUGGGGUGGAUGAGGACAGCAGCUAUAGUGUCUUUGUGUCUUACAUUGAGAUAUACAACAACUACAUCUAUGAUCUCCUGGAGGAGACUCCUUUUGAUCCAAUAAAGCCCAAGUAAGCUUGAUAAGUUUGAUA